UAUGUAGACUAUUGUAGAGAGAGAAUAUAGUAGUAUUGUGUGAUCUAAUCUUUUAAAUUUGUUAAGAUCCUAAGACAACCUUUUAAAAUUUUCCUCGUCUAAGCCCUCGGGUUUUAGUUUCUAACCCUAAAUCACAAUUUACAACUCUCGCGCUCUCUUCCUCGAUAAAUCUAUCUACUCCAUCUUCCCAUCAAAAACACCUUAUAAAUCAUCACACACAAUUUCGAAAUUCUGUCAUCAAAUCACCUCCCCCAAUUCAAAAAAAGAGUGAGAAGAGUAAAAUCAAAUCCUUCAAAUUCCAAAAAAAAAAACUUAUCAAUUUUCACGCUAUGACAGAAACAAUGGAGAUUGAAGAGGACGACAACUAUCAAGAGUACAUCUCUGUAGAAAAGCGAAGAGAAAUGGCUGCCAAAGAAAUCCUUCAGCGAAAAAACAAAGAUUCAUCCAAGGUAGAAGAUGAAUCUGCUCAAACUCAAACACAACCUGAAGAAGCAAAACCCAGUCUUCUUGUAAAAGCUACACAAUUAAAGAAAGACAUUCCAGAAGUUAGCCCUACUCAAAAGAUAGUUCUACAAGAAAAAGAGAUGAUUGAGAAUCUAUCAGAUAGAAAAACCCUAAUGUCAGUUCGCGAGUUAGCGAAAGGGAUUACAUACACAGAGCCGCUUUGGACUGGGUGGAAACCUCCAUUGACGAUUAGGCGAAUGUCGAAGAAGCAAUGUGAGGAGAUUAGGAAACAAUGGCAUAUAAUUGUAGAAGGUGAUGAUGCUCCACCUCCUAUUAAGAAUUUUAAGGAGAUGAGAUUUCCUGAGCCAGUUUUGAGGGAGUUGAAAGAGAAGGGGAUUGUUCAGCCUACACCAAUUCAAGUGCAAGGGUUGCCGGUUAUUUUGUCGGGCCGAGAUAUGAUUGGUAUUGCGUUUACUGGGUCGGGGAAGACGUUGGUGUUCGUGUUGCCACUUAUAAUGGUGGCAUUGCAGGAGGAAUUGAUGAUGCCUAUUGUGUCUGGUGAAGGACCUUUUGGGUUGAUUGUGUGUCCGUCUAGGGAGCUCGCGAGGCAGACGUAUGAGGUGAUUGAGCAGUUUUUGACUCCGCUUAGGGAGGCUGGGUAUCCGGAGUUGAGGCCGUUGCUCUGUAUUGGAGGGAUAGAUAUGCGGUCGCAAGUUGAGAUUGUUAAGAAGGGUGUGCAUAUUGUUGUUGCUACUCCAGGGAGGCUUAAGGAUAUGCUUGCCAAGAAGAAAAUGAACCUUGAUAAUUGCAGAUUUUUGUGCUUGGAUGAAGCUGAUCGAUUGGUUGAUUUAGGAUUUGAGGAUGACAUCAGGGAAGUAUUUGAUCAUUUUAAAGCUCAGAGGCAGACAGUCCUGUUCUCUGCCACUAUGCCAACAAAGAUUCAGAACUUUGCUAGAAGUGCACUGGUUAGGCCUAUCAUUGUUAAUGUCGGUAGAGCUGGGGCCGCCAAUCUUGAUGUCAUCCAAGAAGUGGAGUAUGUGAAGCAGGAGGCUAAAAUCGUUUACCUCCUCGAGUGUUUGCAAAAGACCCCGCCACCAGUUCUGAUAUUUUGUGAAAACAAAGCUGAUGUGGAUGAUAUCCAUGAGUAUCUCCUUCUGAAAGGAGUUGAAGCAGUUGCCAUCCAUGGAGGCAAAGAUCAGGAGGAAAGAGAAUAUGCAAUAAAAUCUUUCAAAGCUGGGAAGAAAGAUGUCUUAGUUGCUACCGACGUUGCCUCAAAGGGGCUUGACUUUCCCGAUAUCCAGCAUGUCAUCAACUACGAUAUGCCUGCUGAGAUUGAGAAUUAUGUCCAUCGUAUAGGUCGGACGGGAAGAUGUGGUAAAACAGGAAUUGCAACGACCUUCAUAAACAGAAAUCAGAGUGAGACUACCCUGCUUGAUUUGAAGCACCUUCUGCAAGAAGCCAAGCAAAGAAUACCCCCGGUAUUGGCUGAACUUGAUGAUCCAAUGGAAGAAGCUGAGGCAAUUGCCAGUGCCAGUGGAGUGAAAGGGUGUGCUUAUUGUGGAGGUCUUGGUCACAGGAUCCAGAAUUGCCCGAAGUUGGAGCAUCAGAAGACGCAACAGCUUGUUAAUUCCCGAAAGGACUAUUUUGGAGGUGGGGGUUAUAGAGGAGAAAUAUGAUGCUCUGCUCUCCCUGGUCAUUUGAGCUCUCUUCUAUCUGCUACGGCUACACUCCAUCUAUGACGGGUAUUUUCUUUGUAACAUACAUGUACUAUGUUUCACUUAUGAUUGUACGAUCUGGAUGUUCAAUGAUAGUGUAGAUUGUACCCAAGAUUUUCGAUAUUUGGGUGAAGGUAGAUAAGGAAUUUCAAAAUAGUUGACAAUAUAGAUAGCUAAUGUCAGUACAUUCAGAACCCAGAAUAUACGAAAAAGAUGAAAGAUGGUUUUGGGUUUUUGUAGUUGUAUAUUAGUUCUUCUGUUUUUUUUAUGAAUCUUUGUGUUUUUUUUA